UCACGUGAUACGUUUGUUAUGACGUUUUAACACGCGAUUCAAAAACUUGGCAAAUUUCCUUUGCCAAAAUUAUAUUUUUAAAGAAAUGUCCAUAUAAAUUUUUUUAUAGUUUAGCGUUAUUAAUAUGGCUUAUGCGGCAGGAGCUUACAAACGAAUUAUUAACGUAUUAGAAAAGUGGCCUCUUGACAAAAAUAAAUCCGGUGGAAGGGACUACAGAGAGUUCCUUGAAAAAUACAUAACGCAAGCUUACAAAGACAACCAAUUUGAAAAGAAUUACAAAUAUUGGGACCAGCAGUAUAUCUCUCUGCAGAAAUUAGUUAGUAACAGCAACAAAAAUAAAUACAAAAGGUCACUAACUUCAUCAGCUACCACUCUUACUGCAGAGCAGUGCAACGAGGUACUAUCAAAUCAGUUUCUAGAAGAGUUACGGAAAGAAGAGCAAAAAUCAUUCUUUAGGAAGUUAAUUUCUAUUCGUUCAGAAUAA